UGGGAGCCCCUACCCUCAAAAUCACGUCCACUUUUGGACCAGUAUCCGUAUCAGUAGAUUAUACAAAAGAUGAUUUCCCAUGAUCAACAUCCACAGACGUGAAUAGGAGAUGGAUGGAAGUUUUGUGAGAUGUUUCUUGGGAGUGUUUUGCAACGAUUGGUUCCAAGGUUCUGCGAGUUUCUCGUCUCUUCCCAGUGUGGCCCUGAUGACCUGAGGAAGAGGAAAUCAAAGAUGAAGAAGACGGCACAUACCAGAUCCUAGACGACAAGGGCCUUGGUAACUUUAUGGUCCGAACGCCCAGAACGGACAAGAUGGAGGUCAUGGACAUCAUGAAAAACACCGUGAAGACUGCGGCCUCCCAAGCCGGAUCACGGGUCUCUUCGCGCACUGUCAUCGGCGACAAGCUCUUCACGAACAAGGAACUCAAAUUCGACUCCUUGGGCGGCAUGAAGGCGGUUAAAGGUUUCAUCUACGUGAGAGGUGAGACCGAGAAUGAACAGAGUGGAACUACCUGGAAGGAGCCCGGGGUGAAGCUCACACUGCAGCGCCCUGCGACGGUGUACGUCGCUCUGAGCAAGUCUCCCAACGAGACGGUCUCAGAGACGGACUGCGCCUUGCCACUUGGGAGACCAGUUGCGUUGCUGAACGCCGCGGAGCCGGAGUUCUCCGACGACGUGGCGCCCGUGGCGGAGAUCAAGAGAAAGGAGCGCCACGUCUUCAAAGACCCCGACAAUCGGCACAUCGAAGUGCCGCGCCCGCCUGCCGGGCUGGAGACCUGCUUAGUCUUCGUUGGGGUCGUGCCCGAUUUCCAUGCGCCGGUCUUCGGCGAGGUGCUGUUGACGGCCGGAAGCGAUGCCUUCUUGGAUGAUGUUUUGUUCAAGACCCCCACGUUGUUCAACUGGUUUGCUUCCAAGAAAGCCUUUCCGAAGCUUGUGUUCAACAUUCAGGGAGAGCAGGGAAGUCAAGCAGUAGCACUGCGAAGGAACGCUGAGUACAAGAACGAAGAUGACGAGCCCGUUGGUGGCCUCCACGCUUUUACCAUCACCUUGGAGGCCAACACCCACUUCGGAUGGCCGACGACCGGGGUGGGCGGCAAGCUGGAGCCCCCGACGGCGGGCGACGCCUUCGUGUGCAACAACUUCACGCUCUCAGCGCCGAAGCAAACGCUCUUCGACAAUGCGAGCGUCACCAUUGUUCAGGGCCACAGAUAUGGCAUUCUGGGGCCCAAUGGGCAGGCGCAGCUCGGGGCUGCAAGCGGGCGCGAGCGGGGGAAGACCACCUUGCUUCGGCACAUCGCUGCGCGAGAGAUGCCCGUGCCUUUGAACUGGGACGUGAUCCUCGUGGAGCAGGAAGCGAAGGCCACGGAGCGAUCGGCGGUGGAAGAGGUCUUGGCGGCGGAUCUGAAGGCAGCGGAGUUGAUCAAGAGGGAAGCAGAGCUUCUACAGAAGCUGGAGGAUAUGGAAGAAGCCAUGGAAAAGGGUCAGGAGAUCAGCGCAGAGGAGGUGGAGAGGACACGCCUUGAUCUCGAGAAUACUUCAGCGGAACUCGAGGCGAUCGGUGCAGAUUCCGCGGAAGCUCGAGUGAGGAAGAUCCUUUGUGGUUUAGGCUUCACCAACGGCGCGCCAGAUGAGGAUCGCUUCUCCAUGGACAGGCCGGUCGUGCAGUUCUCGGGCGGCUGGCGAAUGCGCAUCAGCUUGGCGAAGGCGCUAUUCUUACAGCCAAAGUUGCUCAUGCUGGAUGAGCCAACCAACCACUUGGAUUUGGAUGCAGUGCUGCUCCCAGUCUUGUGGUUGGACAACUACCUCUCGGAGCAGUAUCCACAUGCCGUGGUGGUGGUGUCCCACGAUGCCGACUUUCUGGACAAUAUUUGCACCCAUGGCAGAAGAUGGGACAAGAAGCUGAUUCACUAUCGCGGCGACUACACUGCCUUCAAGAAGAUGCACGAGCAGCAGAGAGCGACCAUGGACAAAGAAUACAAGAAGCAGCAGGAUGAGCUGAAGGCUUUGAAGAAGAAGGGGAUGACCAAGGAAGAAGCCGAAGCGAAGGUCAAGGAGAAGUUUAAGUUGAGCUCUCUGGACGAACAGCGCAAGGACUACAUCGUGAAGUUCAAGUUCAAAGGUCACGGCAUGGACCGAACCUUAGGUCUCAACGUCUCGGAGGUGGCCUUUAGCUACGACGGCAAGGAGAGCGUUGAGAAAGAGCCUUGGCUCUUGGAGGAGGUGGAAAUCGGUGUGGACUGUGGCAGUCGCAUCGCCAUCGUGGGGCCCAACGGCGCAGGGAAGUCCACGAUCCUCAAUUUGAUGAUGCAACAGUUGGAGCCCUGCCUCGGCGAGGUCUCAGUGUCCAAAGGAAUUCGAGUGAAGCAGUAUCACCAGCACUUCGAAGAGCUUUUGCCCUUGGACAAGACGGGUGUGGACUAUUUGAAGGAUGCCUUCAACCUGAAGACGCCCGAGAAUGCACGCGCCGUGCUGGGUCAGUUCGGCUUGCCGGGUGGCUCACACUUCACGAAGAUUGGGAACUUGUCGGGUGGUCAAAAGGCUCGCGAACCCACAAAUCACCUGGACAUCGAAUCGGUGGAGGCUUUGACCACGGCCAUUUCCAAUUUCAAUGGUGGCUUGGUGCUGGUGAGCCACGAUGCGCGGCUCAUCACGGAGGUCGACUGUGAGCUUUGGGUCUGUGAAGAUGGCGGCUGCUACCGCUUUGAGACUUGGCUUGAGAAUUCAUUGGGCCGUUUGGUGAUUCGAAAGGGAGGGUUGAGACCAUUCCAGACCCAAGAGAAGGACUUCGACGGCUACCGGGACAAGGUGCUCCGACAGCUGGAAGAACGGCAAGAGGAGGUCGAGCGCAUGGAGCAGAAGCGCCGUGAGGAGCGAGCCAAGAAGCGUGCGAUGCCUGGUGGCACGCGCGGACGCGCUCGCUGA